AUGAAUGGCAUGGAAGACGACGAAGACGAGACAGAUCUGUUCGACGAUGACUUCGACAACUUGUCGGAGUCUGCUCUUCAGGAGCUUGAACAAAAAGCCUUUCUUUCCACCCAACAAGCUUACUUGCAGGCUCAAGCUGCUGCGAAAGUCCAGGACAACCACACUUCUUUGCCGCACAGCCGUUUUCAGGCACAGGUACCAUUGAACGCCAGACCACAGCCGAUACAUCCCUUUAUUCAGAGGCAUCUGACUGAGCCACAAUCUGAAGAUGAAAGCUUCGAGUUGGUGGGAGAAGAAGGCGUGUCUACUCCGGUCGACGAAUAUGAAGCCUACCCAUUACGCCGAUUACAGCCCGGCGAAGCCAUCCAGCGAGAGCAGUUCCGUCAACAGCGCCAUGGUCAGACGUACAAUGGGGCUCCUCACAGGACUAUCAAUCCAAGAAAUGGUCAGAGUCAACAUGGAUCAAACCCACCAGCUCCAUUCGAACGCCGUUCCCAGGCUCUUCACAUUAGACCGGAUGAGAUGCUUUUGGAUGACCGUUCGCAAGAAGGCCCCCACGCGCCGCCGCAGAUUCAAGGCAGUGAGAUACUUCUUUUGCGCCUUGAGGAGUUGAUGAGAGAACGCGACGAACUCAAUCGACAGCUUCAAGCGACGAAAGAUAUUGUUCUCAUGCAAAAGGGCGAAAUCUCCAUCAUCAGAGCCAACUUCGAGAAAGAGAUCAAGGUCUAUGAUCGAAAGAUAAGUGCUCUAGAGAAGACGAUGGCAGAGGAAUCUGCCAAACAUACUGCCGCUCUCCACACAAUGAUGGAAAAGAAUGAAACCCUCAGCACAAGCUAUAAUUUCCUGCAACAGGAACACAACCAGGAGCUUGAGAAUAUCAAAACCUUGCAGCAACGCCUUCGGGAUAAGCAACAAUCCACAAAGGAAAACAAUUCCGCAACGACCCCCAAGCGUGGUAUGGUUAGCUCUCUACGGGACGGCUUCGACGACGACGAUGUAAUGGCCAUAUCUCCAUCAAAGUCCGGUCGACGCUCCAAACCUGGGACUCCCCCUGCUGCCAAUAAGAGGAAGCGGAAAGCCGACGCCCCCAGUCCUGUCAAGCCGCUUGUACUUCGAGCGACGAGCACGAUUCCUGUUGAGAUGGCGCCGCCAGCAGCACCAGUGCCGAUACAGCCAGAGGACGAGCCAGUCACCAUUGUCCGAACAGACAAGCAGGCCGAGAGGAAUCUGCAAUUUCUCCAAGAUAUCCUGGAGUAUCGGGUGAGGGGAUCGACGGAGACGGUGGUGGAAGGUCUGGUCAGGUUCUCGUUCCCGAGUGCACCGUCAAAGACAUUUUCGACCACUUUCAUCGAGGCUACAGCUCGCUUAAGAGGCAACCGGCUACCCCGUGAUGUCCUCCAAAUACUCACCGACUUGUGGUCCAAGUCGCUAAAGGAGCAGUAUUACAAGCCUGUCGCAUCUCUCAUCCAGAUCAUCAACCACGUCAUCGACCUCGAUAUGUCUGUCCUUGACACGGAGACUGUGGCUCCUCUUGCGCUUGUUCUCCAAAACUCGGCCGCCAUCAAUGCCAACACGCGCUUCAAGCAUUCUCCCGUGAACCACGCAACGUUUGGCAAGGUGCGCCAGACGCCCCAGUCUCUAUUGAACCACGACGUCAGCGGCACAGAUUGCCUAGAGCUGCUUCUUACGGUCGCAUAUGCCGUGUCUGAUGAGCCCGAACUGCUUUCCCUGUUCUGGCGCGUAAUCGACCCGGAAUUCGUCUUGAUGCUGCUGAACGUCUGGCAGCCGAUCGCGGACAUCACGAUCAUGCUUCGCUUGCUCGCAACCAGCACAUUUCCUUCGACAUUCAGCAGCAUCUGCGUCGACGACCAACAAGACCAGAUUGAGGACUAUGUAUUAAACCGCAUCUGUUAUCUGCUCUGGGAAACGCCGAAAGUCGACGAAGGAUUGCCUCCUAACACGAUGGAAGAACUGUGUCAAUUGCGUGUGGAGGUGAUGGAUCUUCUGAUCAGGAUCGCCAUCACUUCCUCUCCUCACCCACACGACGACCGGUCUCAUCACGGCAGUCGCCUGAUUGCGGGCCACCAGAGCGCCAUCGGACGCAUCGUGCGUAGCCUUUACGACGAGGUCUCGGCCAUGUACGAGCUCACUCCUUCGCACGCCUUGCAUGCCGAGAUUGUCAACAAGGGCGUCCAUUUGCUCUAUCAUGUCCUGCAGCUCCAUGGCCAGGACAUCAAUCUCCAGGAAAAACUCUCCGUGGUCAACGGCGGCGUGCACAAGCAUCGUGUUGUCCUCACGAGACUGGCCUUUUCUGAGGGAUUCUAUGUCGAUCGUCUGAUCCGUGAUGAGACCGUUGCUAUGGCUACCAGCAUGCUCGAGGAGAGCGUCACGCCUGAUGAGGCCGACGAGCUGAUUGAGGCAUUCCCGGGCUUCAAGGGGCGCGGGGCCGUUCUGGCGACCGAGUGA